AUGGAUAACUUGACCAUUUCUACAACAAAUAAAAAUGCUUGUAAACAAAGGGAUGAUGAUGACACCGAUAAAUGCGUUUCUUCAACACUUUCUUUCAUUUUAGACAAAAUUUGUUCUUCAUCAGAAUUAAAUACAACAAUCAAAUCUUCAAAUCAUUUACCUCUUCGAUUUGUUGUGGCAACAGAAAAUAAUCAAUAUUUGGCAAGUGAUAAAAAUAAACAAGGCUUGGAGUGUUCUGUUCCUUCGAAUACGCCAACAGCUUGUGUUGCAAGUACUGCGGUGACGAUUUGUUCUUUUCAGUCUGGUUCGAACAAAAAUAGGUUUUUAUUUCUUUUAUUUGAGAUUUUUCCGUAAGGAAAUUCCAUUUUUUUAAGAGUGGGAUAAAAUGUCGUCUGUCAGGAAUUUCCUUUUUUGGCGAUGGACUCUAUUUUUCCUUACAACAAAAAUUAUUGAAUUAAUUUCUUAAGCACUGUUUUAUCCUUUAAGGUUUCUCAUAGCGGGUUAUUCUUUUUAAUAAUGGGAUCAAAUGUAAUCUUUCCUAAUUUCACUUUUCGACGAUUGAUCCAUAUUUGUUCCUGUGUUUCAAUA